GUAAGUUUCCACCACGCGGUACCGUUGAGCUUGAAAUUGUACGUUAAUGAUUGUGUUUCCAUUGCUUAGACCCGGUCAUGAAGUUUCAACCGUGUCUCCCGUCUGAACGUGAACACCUUCUUCUUCUGCACACUUCCAGAAACAAUAAGAGUCUCAUUGGGCCAGGCCCCCCCGCAUGACACCCGGCAAGAAAUCUGCGCUUCCGUCACGAGCCUACCGACAGAUAUAGUACCCGGCCCUCCGUGGAAAAAAGUUAGGACAACCCCGGGGGUUAAAUGAUCGCGUCAGCCAGACGAGUGUCACCUGAUACACCUGAAGUCCGGAUCUCCUUCAGCCUUGACGGCACGUCAGAUGCACAAAAUGCCGAUGAACUCUCUCAGACUUUUCCAGAUCUGGAUCAGCGACUGCAGCCGGUGGCGCCGUGCGUGUCCCUGAAAGAGAGCGUCCACGUGUACAAGGAACACUGCAGGAUGGCCCGGGAGUUCCACCAAGUCCAGCACGACAUCGCCGUCCUGGAGGAACACAAGUGUCGGCUGCUGGCCGAGCUGGUGGAGGACGAGAAGGUGGCCCUGGAGAUCGCCCGCCUGGAGGAGGAGUCCCGCCGCCUGGCGGAAGAGAACCGCACGCUGGUGACGGCCCACGAGGAGCACGCCCGGCAGCUGCGGAGGCUGGGCGUGGGCGGGUGGAGGAGGCCCGACUCCUCGUGACCUUUAACCCCCCCUCGGGAGAUUCCCAUCCCGACAUCCGGCAGAGAAACUGUUCGAGCCGCACGCUAGCUGAUAUUUCCCGCGGUCGUGUUUGUGACGAGGUCUCGGCGUCCUUCCGGAACUCAAACUUCACUUCUUUUAAAGAUUCAUUUCUGCAAAAACAGAAGAGUUGCACCGCGAAAUUUCAAGUCUUUUUGUACCGAAUAAAAAGAGAAACCUUA